CCAGGCACACCCCCUCUGCAUGCCUAUGAUAUAUAGAGGAUCUCAUUUAGAAGGUACAUCAGGAAGCUCCCAACAACAGCAAACACAGUACACUGAAAGACAAACAACGCAGAAUGAGUGACAUCUUAAAGAAUUCCUUGAUGGAUCGUCUACUGAAACUUCAAUGCCAUUUUACUUGGGACCUGCAUGGAGAAGAUGUAGACAUUGAUAAUGUGGAAGAAAGGGUAAAUGACCAGCUUGUGUAUUUACCAAAUGCACUCAAACACAGGAUGUAUAACCUCCUGGCUUACCUAAAGCAUCUCAAAGGAGACCAUGAGGAAACCAUGAUCCAGCUCCAAAAAGCUGAGACACAGAUCCAAGAAUCCAGUAUAGCAGAAGACGCAGAUGAUAAGAAAACUGUCAUGUAUGGUAACUUUGCUUGGGUUUUCUACCACCAGAACCAGUUUAACAACAGUUUAACCUUUGUUGAAAAGGUGGAGACCAUUUUAAAGCAAUAUGAGUCUCCUCCAGAGAAAAACGCUCUUCUGUUAGAUAUAUAUGGUGAACAAGGCUGGACUUACUUAUCCUUUGCAGGAAAAUACUAUCAAUUGGCUGCUGAGUGCUUUGAAAAAGCUCUAGAACUUGACCCAGAAGAUCCGGAAUUGAAUUCAGGCCAUGCAAUGGCUGUGUAUAGAAUUGAAGGUUUCAGGUUAAGCAGCAACACAGGGGGCAAAUCUUUUCCACUCUUGGAACGAGCUGUUAGAUUAAAUCCCAGAGAUACAGUGGUGAAGGUUCUCUUUGCCUUGAAAUAUCUAGAGAUGAAUAACUAUGAUCAAGGAGAUAUUUUAAUAGAACAAGCUCUACAAGAACAACCAGAAUCUCCUUAUGUUCUUCGAUAUGUGGCAACAUAUUACAGAAGAAAAGGACAGAUAAAGGAAGCUAUUGCAAUACUGAAGAAAGUUCUCAGUUUAACGCCUACCUCCAGCAAUGUUUACUUUCAACUUGGCAAGUGUUAUAAAAAAUUUAUAAGAAAGCCCCCUCAAGAGCAGCAAAACGCUGAAGCCAUUGCAAAUGCAAUAUUUUACUCGGAAAAGGCUGUCGAACUAAACAGGUCAUCUGUGCCAGCUCACAUUUUAUUGGCUAGUGUAUACAUGAAAGCUGAUAAACACCAAAAGGCAAAAGAAGAAUUUGACAAAACUCUGACCAUGAAUGAUAUGUGGCCUGAACAGAAACAAGAGCUCCAUUUCUACUGGGCAAAAUAUUUAAAACAUUCUAGAAAGUCUGAAGCAGUAAGGCAUUUUAAGGAAGUGAUAAAGAUCCAAAAUCAAACAUGGUAUCGGGAAAUUGCCAUAAAAGAACUCCAAGAACUUGCUGAACCCAUAUAGGGAAUACAUUGUAGCCAUAGGUGUUACUAUGGAUACAAGAAAAAUAUAACAAGUGCCACUUUUCAAGGAUCAGAGCAAAUUAUGGUUUGUGAAAAAUGAUGGACUUGUUUAGGCACAUAAACUGUAAAUACAAUAAAAUUAUCUUUAUUACAAUAUUAUAAAAUUAUCCAUCAUAGCCAAACCAGACGUAAAAUCAACAAUAAAAUCAAUGCAUAUUUGGAAUAGGUAUAUUUUCCCCCAAGAAUACUGAAAUGUAAUUCUGGCUAUGGUUACUACCAGUGGCAGCUGUCGGUUGGGUCAUCUGCACA